UCCCCAUGUAAUGUUCAUGGGGAACAUGGCUGCAUGUGGUAGUGUCAUGUAAAUGCAUCAUAAUGCUCAUUACAGACAUUCAGUUUUAUAGUAUUUUUUUAAUAUUCCCCAUGUAAUGUUAAUUGGGAGCUAACAUGGCUGCCAUAGAAUGUUGAAGUGGCAUGUAAAUGCAUCAUAAUGCAGAAACCUUUUCAAACGGUACUGUUUUUGGUACGGUAGCUACUCCGUCAGCCACAGGCAGAAGGGCUGUACAGGGAAAGGGAGGGCUGACGGCGAGGCAAAGUGGGGAGAGAGGAGAGGAAGAACUCGGGGCCUGACCACCACAUCUUUUCAUGCGAAGAAACUGCACUGUCAAAAACGUUAGUAAUUAGUCCUGUUUUUGGUCAUCCGAAAACGACUCUGGCCCGGGCCCCAGUCCGCGGUCUUGAGUUAGAUAGCGGAGUGUGAUUGAAGCACGUUUAUCGGUGUCCCAGCACGUCUUUUCCACCAAGGAGGUAGUAAUGGGUGACAGCAGAGAUUCCCGCAGCCCAGACAGCUCCUCUGUGUCCUCCCCUCCCUCUGGCCAGCGCUCGCCACCCCUGACCCCCACAGCUGCCUCAAUGACUUCUCUGCCGCCCGCCACCUCGGCCGUCAACAGCCCCAUCAGCAGCAUGGGCUCGCCCUUCUCUGUCAUCAGCUCCUCCCUGGGGUCGCCCUGCCUGCCCGGGACACCCUCAGUGGGUUACGGCCCCAUCAGCAGCCCCCAGAUCAAUAUGUAUACCAGGAGUGCAGAGAUCAACUCCACAGUGUCCAUGUCGGGCCUGCACGCGGUCAGCAGCUCGGAUGACGUGAAGCCUCCGUUCGGGCUGGGAGGCCACAGCCCAGGGGGCCCCAUGCUCUCCCAAAAGCGCCUGUGUGCCAUCUGUGGUGACCGCUCCUCCGGUAAGCACUACGGAGUGCACAGCUGCGAGGGCUGCAAGGGUUUCUUCAAGCGCACGGUGCGCAAGGACCUGAGCUACACCUGCCGGGACAACAAGGACUGCCUGGUGGACAAGCGCCAGCGCAACCGCUGCCAGUACUGCCGCUACCAGAAGUGCCUGGCCUGUGGCAUGAAGAGGGAAGUGGUCCAAGAUGAACGACAGAGAUCCGUGCAGGAAGAGCGCCAGAGGAACAAGGAGCGGGAGAGCGAGGUGGAGUCGACCAGCGCCGUCAACGAGGAAAUGCCCGUGGAAAAGAUCCUGGAGGCCGAGAUGGCCGUGGAGCAGAAGACCGAGCUGCAUGCCGACGGGAGCUCCGGGGACAGCUCGGUAAAUCCCAAUGACCCGGUCACCAACAUCUGCCAGGCUGCAGACAAGCAGCUGUUUACCCUGGUGGAGUGGGCCAAGAGGGUCCCCCACUUCUCUGAGCUGGCCCUGGACGACCAGGUCAUCCUGCUACGUGCCGGUUGGAACGAGCUGCUGAUCGCUUCCUUCUCUCACCGCUCCAUCAGUGUGAAGGACGGCAUCCUAUUGGCCACCGGCCUACACGUGCACAGGAACAGCGCCCACAGUGCCGGCGUGGGAGCCAUCUUCGACAGGGAGAGUGCGCACAAUGCAGAGGUUGGAGCCAUAUUUGACAGAGUUCUCACUGAGCUGGUCAGUAAGAUGAGAGACAUGCAGAUGGACAAGACCGAGCUCGGCUGCCUCCGAGCCAUCAUCCUCUUCAACCCAGAUGCCAAGGGACUGUCCAGCCCAAGUGAAGUGGAAUUGCUGAGGGAGAAGGUGUACGCAUCGCUGGAGUCCUAUUGUAAACAGAGAUACCCCGACCAGCAGGGCAGGUUCGCUAAGCUCCUCCUCCGGCUGCCAGCGCUGCGCUCCAUUGGCCUGAAGUGCCUGGAGCACCUGUUCUUCUUCAAGCUGAUUGGCGACACCCCUAUCGACACGUUCCUCAUGGAGAUGCUAGAGGCGCCCCACCAGCUGACCUAAGAACCAGGUUCUGCCCUGGUCCAUUUUGCACCAGGGGUUCUAGUUCUGGCACCCUGGUUCUGGGGCUUCACCAUGUCUGCUGGUUUUGAUGUCCCGCUCACACCAACCCCACCACCCCUUCACCCAUAACCCCCCCCAAGCUUAUACAGCUCCGAAAGACCAUAUGCUGUCAAACACACAGGCGCAAACACUUUUUCACAGUAGGGGUUAAGACACAUUGAAAUAUCUCCUUUUUAACUGCUUAUACAAGUUUUUAUCAUGAGUUAGCCUUCAGUUGGUAGCCUCCAGCUUUGAGUGUAAACGCUUCUGCGAAUCCGGUAGACCUCUCAGCUUCUUGUGGGGUUCGUAAGUUAUUCAGAUACAUUGCUGUGCGCAUAGAUAUGACGAGUGGCUUACUCCGUCUUAGGCUUUACUAUUGGGAUUAACCCAAACACGUCAUGAUCAGGUGCGUAAUAUUUCAAUCAACUGUUACCCAACUUCUAUUGGUCAGGACACAGCCAAUAGAGGCAGACACGCCCCUCUGAGUUCACCAAUCCGAAUGUGAUUUGAAUACUAUGCUUUAUUCAUGCUUAAAUGCGCUGAAUUCAUUCUGAAGUACUGUACUCUUAAAAUGAGACCUUUUUUAAGGCAUUGAAAUCCAAGGAGGGGGCACUUUGGUUGGCCCUUAAAGCUCACACCAGGCUUUCAAAGAGAGAAACUGACUUGUAAGAUGUGUUCUUUGUUGCAUUUAGCUGUUU